UAACUGAUUAAUAAAUAAUGAAUAUUAUUUAAUUAGGUAAGGUUAUUUAAUAUUAUUAUCAUAAGAGAGUUAGAUGGCUUAGAAUACUUAAAAUAUGUAGGCAUUUAGAUCUAAUUAAAUUGUUGUAUUUAAGAGUUUACGUAAUGAAGCUAUUUUCAGAUUGAUUUUUUCGAUGGUAGAACUCUUAUUGCUGUUUUUAGCUUUAGGGUUGUUACCUACUAUUUGUUUAAAAACAACUUUGAGUGAAUUUUUUAUUUUAGCUAUAAUAAUAAAUGCGUUGGUACUUUAAAAGUUUAAUAUAGUAAGCUUUCCAAAUGUUAUAUUUAUUAUUGAUAAUUUAUUAUGAUUUAGUAGAGAUAAAUUAAAAUGAAAGUGAGAAUAGAUUACCUUAUCCUGAGUAUUCAUUUACAAAUACAAAAUAUUUGUCUGAUGCCAUAUCAGAUUAUCAUAGUUGUUAUAAGUUUGUGAAAUAUUUAACAAUUGUGUAUAAAAAUGUCUAUGAAUUCUUAGAUUAGAUAUAGUGGUCUUUGUAUUUGGUCAAGUGGAAAUUUAUAAGAAUUUAUAUGGAGAAUGUGAGAUUGGGAUAUCAGAAUUUGAUUUUACUUGGGGAGUGGCAUUUACUUAUUUAAUAAUGAGAUAUAUAACAAUAGGAAUUCCAACUUUAAUAUUUGUAAUUUAUUUAGUAGUAUUACCUUUUGCUUAUUGUAUAAAUAUGCAUAAUCUUUAAAAAAUAAAUAGAGUAGGUGUAAGUUAAGAAAAUCUAAAGAAAUUAAAGGUGGAAAUAGUUGGAUUGGAUAAAAUAAGUGAAGAUAAUGAAUGCAUUAUUUGUCUAUCAGAAUUUAUAGAAGGUGAAUAGUUUGUGAGAUUAGAUUGUCAUAAUGAUCAUGUAUAUCAUAAGCUUUGUAUUUCUGAUUGGUUGAAAGCUAGAUCUGAAUGCCCUAAAUGUAGAUAGAUUGUAAAAUUUGACUGA